AUGGGAGAUUGGCAAGACCGUGAAAAACCUGAUACGCUUGUUUUAUUUGAUGUAGAUGGUACAUUGACUCCCGCUCGUAGGGUUGUAACUGAGGAAAUGGUGGAAAUACUUAAAAAACUAAGAAAAAAAGUGGUUAUUGGUUUUGUUGGUGGUUCUGACCUUAGUAAACAGAAAGAACAACUUGGUGAAAGUGUUAUCGAAGAUUUUGAUUAUGCAUUUUCUGAAAAUGGUCUUACUGCAUAUAAAUUAGGAAAUCAAUUGGCUUCUCAAAGUUUUAUUGGAUGGAUCGGAGAAGAGAAAUAUAAAACGUUGGUUAAUUUUAUUCUUGGAUAUAUCGCUAAACUUGACAUUCCAAAGAAACGUGGAACUUUUGUUGAAUUUAGAAAUGGAAUGAUCAAUGUAUCACCAAUUGGACGUAACUGCAGUAUUGAAGAACGUAAUGACUUUGAAAAAUACGAUAAGAUUCAUCGUAUUCGUCCCAAAUUUGUUGACUGUUUAAAAGAAACCUUUUCCGAUUAUUCUCUAACAUUUUCAAUUGGGGGACAAAUAUCUUUUGAUGUAUUUCCAACAGGUUGGGAUAAAACUUAUUGUCUCAAACAUGUGGGAACAGAAGGAUUUAAAACAAUUCACUUUUUUGGAGAUAAAACUUAUAAAGGUGGUAAUGAUUAUGAAAUUUAUGUUCAUCCUUUAGUUACAGGACAUUCUGUUAAUAAUCCUAAUGACACAAUUAGAAUUUUAAAAGAGAUUUUUCAACUUGAAUAG